GAUGACACACGAGACAGGCACAGUUUUAUAGUUAUAGUUAAUUUUCAAUUUUACCUGAAAGUGCCAGAAAGUCACCUGUUUUCAAGACAUUCAUUUAAGGAUCAUAAGGAAUCAAUACAGUACAUACACAAUGACCAUCACAUGUUGGAUGCACUUGCUGCUGUUCUGUCUGUGUUGCCAUUAUGAGAUCCAGCCUGCUGCGUGUAAACCUGCGUGGAUGUCACCGCAGUUCCCUUGUGAUGUCACAACCGCCAAUACCUCUAGGGUGCUAUUUGACUGCAAAGGGCGUCAUCUGCAUAGAGUACCUUAUGGGAUAACUAGUAAUGCAACUGAGCUCAACUUAUCAGAAAAUUACAUUAAGAAUAUUUCCGUUAAUUCAUUUUCUAACCUUCUGAAUCUGACUCGACUCAAUCUAAGCUGGGCAAACAAGAACAAAGGACUGAUCAUUGCUGCGAAUGCUUUCAAAAAUCUGACAAAACUGCACGAACUAAGACUGACUGGCAAUUGUCUGAAUGAAAUUCCCGGCAAUCUCCCUCUCAGUGUGGAAAUCCUUGAGCUAAACAAUAACAAGAUUUUGUUGUUGGAUAACAGCAGCCUGGCUGGCUUAACAAAUGUGACACAUUUAUUGUUAUCCAGAAACUGCUACUUCUGGAAUCCUUGUGGAAAAUCUGUUACGAUUAUGGACGACAGUUUUGCAGCUAUGAACAAACUGCAGGCUCUGGACUUGUCCUUUAACAACUUAACUCAAGUUCCCAAAGGAUUACCCCAGUCAUUAUGCAUGUUAACGCUGGGUUCGAACAAAAUACAGUACAUAUCUGAAGAUGAUUUGCUUGGUUUACAAAAUUUAAAAAUCCUAAAAAUACAAGGCAACUGUCCUAGAUGUCAAAAUGCUCCGUAUCCCUGUGUUCCUUGCCAAAACAUUUCUCUUGGCAUCCAUCCCAAUGCAUUUCACAGUCUAACACAGCUUGAGUCACUGAACCUGGGAGGAAACUCACUGAACCACCUGAAUCCCUCAUGGUUCGCGAGGAUGAGCAAGCUUAAAGAAUUGUUCCUUUCAUUUAACUUCUUAAUGAAAGCAAUAACUGAGGAGGCAACAUUUCUAAGAUCCCUUCCCAGGCUAGAGAAAAUUGAUCUCUCGUUCAACUUUGCUCUCAAGUUCUAUCCUACGACAUUAAAUCUUUCAAAAGAGUUUUCAAAUCUCAUUUCACUUAGAACUUUGCAUAUGGAGGGUUUGGUCUUCCAGAAUAUUGGACCAGGCACACUCAGACCUCUGUACGAGCUCAAAAAUCUGUCUGCAUUGAAUUUAGGGACAAACUUCAUUAUUUACUCUGAUUCCACCAUAUUCAGCAAAUUCUCCCACCUGAAAAUGAUAUACCUCGCAGAAAACAGGCUGUAUCCCAUUCCAGUGAAAAGCCCCCCACAUACAAAUGAGGGAUACAAUCAGGGGUUGGAUCUCUCUAUUUCACCGUUCAUAAAACCCCAUCCAAAAGAUUUUGCUUAUGAGAUAACACACAGCCUUAUCAAGCAAGAGUGCUUUGACUCUGGACGAGUGUUAAUACUCAGCUCAAAUAAUCUGUUCUUCAUUUCUCCAAAGCAAUUCGAGGGCUAUGGAAAUAUUGCAUGUCUCAACCUCUCAGGAAAUGGAUUUUCAGCAGCACUUAAUGGAACAGAGUUCUCCUUGCUGCCUAAUCUGACAUACCUGGACCUGUCAUUCAAUAAGAUUGAUCUGGCCUAUGACAACGCCUUCAACGAACUAAAGAAACUGCAAGUACUAGACCUCAGUCAUAAUUCCCACUACUUUAAAGCUUUCGGGAUAACGCAUAAUUUGAAUUUUACAAAAAAUCUGCCUGCCCUGAGAGUGCUGAAUAUGAGUCAUAACUCCAUUUCCACAUUAACGACAAAACUGAUGUACAGCAAAUCAUUAACAGAACUUCAGUUUACGAAUAAUUAUCUUGGGACCCUUUGGAAAGAAAGGGAUGGCUCGUAUAAGACGCUAUUUACUAAUCUAACUAAUUUGGCAAUUUUAGAUAUAUCCCAAAACACCAUUGCAAAGAUUCCAGACGAGGUUUAUGAAUAUUUGCCACGUACCCUCACCGUACUACGCAUAAGUCACAAUGCACUUACUGAUUUUAAAUGGGACAAACUAAAGUGUUUCAACCAACUUCAAAUUUUGGACCUGAGCUUCAAUUCUUUAGCUAAUGUGACAGGUAUAAACUCAAACGUCACCCACACUUUGACUUUCCUUGACCUGAGUCAUAAUAACAUUUUCCACUUGGACAAUGGAUUUCCAAAUGGUGCAAAAAGCCUUACGACUCUUAGCCUUAGCUACAACAAAUUGGCUAUCAUCAAUCAAUCCACCUUCCAAACAAGACCUGACAAUCAGAUUCACACUUUGUUCUUGCAGAGAAACCCGUUCCAAUGUACCUGUGAUUCAUUAGAUUUCAUUCUGUGGAUUGAAAACAGUAAUGUAAAGAUCCCUAGACUGACCAGUGAGGUGACAUGUAACACACCAGAAAACCAGAAGGGUCGAGCUCUGAUAUACUUUGACAUUAACCAGUGUGUAAAUGACAGUCAGGCGUUCUUGAUCUACAUUCUCACAAAUUCCUUCAUUAUUGUUUUUAUGUUUGUGGCAACAGUUGCUCACUUAUUUUACUGGGAUGCUUCCUAUGUCCUACACUAUAUGAAAGCUAAGCUGAAGGGAUACAGGUCCUUGAACUCACCGGACGGUGUUUAUGAUGUCUUUGUGACUUAUGACACCAAAGAUCCACAUGUCUCGGAUUGGGUGAUGAGGAAUUUGCGAGUGAAACUGGAAGAGGAAGGAGAGAAGCAUCUUCCUCUGUGUCUGGAGGAGAGGGACUGGCCCCCUGGGGUCCCGCUGGUGGAUAACCUCACUCAGAGCAUCCGAUACAGUCGCAAGACCCUGUUUGUCUUAACAGAGGGUUAUGUUAAGACUGGGGUUUUCAAGCUGGCGAUGUAUCUGGCCCACCAAAGACUGCUUGAUGAAAACAUGGAUGUGAUCGUGCUGCUGAUGCUGGAGCCCGUCCUGCAGCACUCUCACUUCCUGCGCCUGAGGAGGAGGCUGUGUGGGCAAAGUGUUGUGGAGUGGCCGAGGACAGCUGCUGCGGAGCCCUGGUUUUGGCAAAACCUGAGGAAUGUGGUCAGAGUAGACAAUCAGGUGAUGUACAACAAGACUUAUUCAAAGUACUUCACCAGCAACUGAAGCAGUGGUCAGGAUAAAGGCCAACUGUCUGGGAAUGAUUUCUAACUUUACUAUGUGGACAAUAAUAUGACUUUUGAAACUAUUGUUCUGUAUGAACACUGAUGUGGUCCUUCACAACUUUUAUCACUCUGCCUGGGGCUUAAUAGAAGGCAAAUAAAGACAUUAUUUCAUAAUUGUUUGCUGAUACAGUUACAAUGAUACUGAAUGUCUUGCAAAUAUUACAGUAUUUGAAUAAAUCAGCCCAGUUUCAGUCAGUUAUCUGGUCUCAAUCUAAGCUAGAAAAUAUCUUUAAGGUCACAACUUCAACCAACAAAAGGGCAAUUUAUUGUAAAAACAAAAUGCACUGCAUUCCCCUGUACUGUGUUUAUAAUAAAGUGUUUAUUGCUA